AGCUACACGCAUGCACAUCAUGCAACAGUCGUCGCAUAGGCCACGUGAGUUAACCAUGCAUGUAAAUGCGCUCCAGAGCGCACCCUUCAUAUGGUAAAACAAUUCACUUGGUCAAGUAUUGCCGCUUCCUUUGUCCUGAAUUCUGUCAUUUGAAUAUGGUUUGGAAAUACUCAUUUAAGAUUCAUCAGAGUGUAUCGAGUUCAUGUAAAGGUGUCAACUAAAAGCGUCCAUGUGAUCGGCAUUCACACCCUGCACAAGGUCUAGAGGCACGCAAAGAGAGAGAGAGAGAUGCGGGGCAAGCAGGCAAGAUAUGAGAGCAAGUGAGCCGUACAGUCCUUGGAGCUAGCAAACGACGUGAACUCGGGGCCUGCCUAUGCUACAGACGGCCACCGACCCUGCAAACUUUACAUCUGAAGAAAUAACACUGUGCCGAGUGCCGACUACUGACAGUACCUUUUUAUGGAGGACCGAAAUAUCGGAUGCUGCAUUGAUUGCACACAGAGAGCCUCCCACUCCUUUCAUCAUUGAUGCGCUCUCUCCAGCUGCAGCAGCACUUGUUGAAUUCAGCCCUGGGAGAGAGAGAGAGAGGAUGUCCGUCUCACUGGUCUUGUCUGUGGUGACUCUUUAAAGACCCUAUUCCUCCUCCUCCUCCUCUUCCUCCACCACCAUGUCCCAGCUGCUCCACGUGGAGAUCCCCAACUUCGGCAGCACCGUGCUGGGCUCCCUCAACGAGCAGCGCCUGCUGGGCCAGUAUUGUGAUGUCUCCAUCCUGGUUAAAGGCCAAGCCUUUAAGGCCCACCGGGCUGUACUAGCCGCCAGUAGCCUCUACUUCCGAGACCUGUUCAGCGGCUCAUCCAAGAGCCAGUUCGAGCUGCCCUCAUCGGUGACUCCCGCCUGCUUCCAGCUUAUAUUAUCCUUCUGCUACACGGGCAAGCUGACUAUGGCAGCCAGCGAGCAGCUGGUGGUGAUGUACACCGCCGGGUAUCUUCAGAUCCAGCAUAUUGUGGAGCGGGGCAUGGACCUGAUGUUCAAGGCCAACUCGCCCCACUGCGACUCCCAAACGGCCGCCAUGGAGGAGCAGCAACCGGGCUCAGAGCCCCAGAGCCCCAGCAACAACACCCUGGCUGGGGCAGGGACCGCCAUCCUGGGGCCGCAGGGCUGGUCCCCCUCCCUGGUGCUUCCCACACGGAGGAUCAAACUGGAGGGGUGCGAUCCUACCCCACUGGGGUUGCCCAGCCUGAGUCAUCAUAAGAGAGGGUCCUCUUCAUCUGAGCUGGGGGGGCGGCUCUCCAGGGGGAGCUCAUUGUUCUACACAGGGGCGGGGGGGACCACCAUCUUCCCGGGGAUGCAGCCCUACCCAGUGGCCGGGGGAGAGAGGUCCAGUCCUGGGGCCUCCAGCCUGCCCACCACAGACAGCCCCACCUCCUACCAGAACGAGGAUGAGGAGUUUGAGGAAGAGCCGUACGAUGGGAUCACGGAAGAGGCCUACAGUCAGAUCUAUGGGCGCUCAGCCAACCCAUACGGAAUCCAGGACAAGCCAGAGAUGGCAGCCAUGCCCCUGUCCCUGGAGAACCGCUCCUGUGUGCUGAUCCGUAGGGACCUGGUGGCCCUACCCGCCAGCCUCAUCAGCCAGAUCGGAUACCGCUGCCACCCCAAGCUCUACACCGAAGGAGACCCGGGGGAGAAACUGGAGCUGGUGGGAGGUACAUCUGUGUUCAUGACACGGGGCCAGCUGAUGAACUGUCACCUGUGUGCUGGCAUCAAACACAAAGUCCUACUGCGUCGCCUGCUAGCCACGUUCUUCGACAGGAACACCCUGGCUAACAGCUGUGGAACUGGCAUCCGUUCCUCUACCAGUGACCCCAGUAGGAAACCUCUGGACAGCCGUGUGCUCAAUGCUGUCAAACUCUACUGUCAGAACUUUGCGCCCAACUUCAAGGAGAGUGAGAUGAACGUGAUUGCCGCCGACAUGUGCACCAACGCGCGGCGCGUCCGCAAACGCUGGCUGCCCAAGAUCAAGUCCAUGCUACCCGACGGCAUGGAGGUCUACCGGGCCGGUGUGGGGGUGGCCGCUGGCGUGGGCCUGGGCCUGGCACUGGGAGCCGCCGGACCCGGGGUGGUGCUCCCCUUCGAAACCGACUUCAAAUCCUUGACCCCCUCUAGCCUUUCCCUGGACCAGAGGCUGUACCCGGAACGCAAGGACCCGCUCAGGACUCACUCCCUGUUGGACGUGGGCAGCCCGGGGUCGGGGGUGGCUGGAGGGGAGGACGUGGACGCGGAGAUUGUUGGUCCCCAGGCAGGGGGGGAUGAGCAGGAAGAGGAGGAGGAGGAGGCGGGGUUGGAGGGGGUGGAGGGAACGAUGAUGCCGGGAGGCGAGGCCGGGGAGCGGGUUGACAUGGCCCCGGGACAGGAAGGGGAGGAGUUUUGAGAGGGCCUGAGAAUGAACGGGCAGUGAACAUCCCCUGACUACGAUCUCUGAUCCAUCCACCGCCACACUUUCUUUCUAUCGCUCGCUCUUUCUUUUCUCCUCCAUCUCUUGUCCUCCUCCACGCUCUCCAAAGGGAACCUCUCAGCACGAGAAGCCACGCUUGCAGAACUUGCAGUACAGUGCAAUGAACAAACACAAACACACACAGAAAAACACACACACAAACACACACACCGCAGUGUGUUCUUUAGCAGGGCAGGGAGUACAAGAAGUACAAUAUUCUUUAUGCUGAACAGACACAGGCAUUGCUGGGGAACAAACAGAAUGACUUAGCGAAUAUAAGAAAUCUCUAAUUUAACAUGGAAAAACAUUACUUUACAUUUUCUCCAGACUAUGUUUUGUGUUCUGGUUCAUCUUCAAGACCCCAUUGUAGAAAACUGAACAAAGUAACGCUGUUGUGUUAUCAUUCCUGCAUAGUAGUAGAACUUGCUAUACAACAGUUUACUGUACAUCAAUGGAGUGGAUCAGAUAAGAUUGUAAAAUGAUAGCCCUCUUUCUAGGAAUAGAUAGAUAGAUAGAUAGAUAGAUAUAUAGAUAGAUAGAUAGAUAGAUAGAUA